AAGUUUAGCAGCAGGCAUUUGAUGGGCCUAUUAUGCAGAUCACCACCGCGGAAUACCUCAAACUGGGAGCUCGGCUGAAGACCUAAAACACAUGCUCCACCACCUGGUGUAUUCUGAGGCUAGUGCUCAGAAAUGGGUGGGGUUUGUGUAUACACAACUCGACUUCCACAUGACCGUUGGGUGUGGAAAAGUUAAAUCUGGCUCCCAGAGCUCAGGCUGGCGAUCCCACCCCAGAGCUGGCCCGCCCAGGUCCGCCUUAGUUAAAAAAAAAUUGGGGGGGCCCCCCAGAGGGCACCCCUUCCACCCCAGAGGAGAUGAAAGGAUUGCGGGUCGAACAUUUGUCAAGUUUCCCCCAGAGGCAGUGGGCGGAGUUCCAAGAAAGGGAUGGGCGGAGAGAGAGGGCAGGAGGGGAGGGACGCCCGCUGCUAGCUAAACUCGCCUCCCUCUUCCAAGUUUCGCUAUGUUCUUCCACUGCCUCCUUCGUCCCGCUCCUCUAAGUGAGGAUGACCCGGCGGAGGGGAGCCUAAAGAAAUGGCAAGAGGAGCAGAGCAGCCAUCGAGGAGGUAAGAGAAAAGGGGAGACGCAGAAGAAAGGGGAGAAGCAGACAGGACCACUGGAAAGUAACGCCCUCGUCAUCCUGCCUCUCCAUCACACCCAGCCCUCCCUGCCUCUUCCUGGUUCUCGGGCAGCAACCAGCAGCCCCCGAUUGGGAUUCAGGGGGCAAAGGGAGGGGAAACUGGAAAUAGUCUAAGGAGUCCUGGGGGCCGGGAGCGCGGGGUGGGGUGGGAAGGGGAGGGGCGGGAAGGACAGACAUGAAGAGCCGGCGGCGGCGGCGCCGGCAGCAUCGGAAGCUCCUGUUCUUGCUCGUUUUGUAUACUCUGGUCCUGCUGCUGCUGCCCUACGUUCUGGACAGCCGCAAGGGCGGCGAGGAGGCGGGCGUCCCGCGCUGUCCCAGCCUCGCCAGCAGCCUGGGAGUGUGGAGCCUGGAGGCGGCGGCUGCCGGGGAGAAGGAGGAGACUAAAGCUUUGAUCGGGACCGGAGGGGGAGCCUCGGAGAACCUCCAGAACGGGAGCGACUUUGCCCGACGGCCGCCGUCACUGCGCGAGAAGCAGCACAUCUACCUGCACGCUACUUGGAGGACCGGCUCGUCCUUUCUCGGGGAGCUUUUCAAUCAACACCCGGACGUGUUCUACCUGUACGAGCCCAUGUGGCACCUGUGGCAGGCGCUCUACCCGGGCGACGCGGAGAGCCUGCAGGGUGCCCUGCGCGACAUGCUCCGCUCGCUCUUUCGCUGCGACUUCUCCGUGUUGCGGCUGUACUCCCCGCCGGGAGACCCCGCCGCACCGGCCCCGGCUUCCGCCAAUCUCACCACGGCCGCCCUCUUUGGCUGGAAGACCAACAAAGUGAUCUGCUCGGCGCCCCUGUGCCCGGGCGCCCCUAAGCCCCGGGCCGAGGUGGGGCUCAUCGACGGGGCCACCUGCGAACGCAGCUGCCCGCCCGUGUCGCUGCGGCAGCUGGAGGCCGAAUGUCGGAAGUACCCGGUGGUGGUCAUCAAAGACGUUCGCCUGCUGGACCUGGGAGUCUUGGUGCCGCUGCUGCGGGACCCGGGUCUCAACCUCAAGGUCAUUCAGCUAUUCCGCGACCCGCGCGCGGUGCAUAAUUCCCGCCUCAAGUCCAAGCAAGCUUUAGUGCGCGAGAGCAUCCAGGUGCUGCGCACCCGGCAGAAGGCGGACCGCUUCCACCGCGUGCUCUUCGCCCAGGGCGUUGGGGCCCGGCCGGGGCCGUCCCUGUUCCGGGCUCAAGCCCCGGGACCCCGAGCGGACUACUUUCUCAGCGGGGCCCUGGAGGUGAUCUGCGAGGCCUGGCUGCGGGACUUGCUCUUCGCCGGGAGCUCUCCCGCUUGGUUGCGCAGGAGGUACACUCGGCUGCGCUACGAGGACCUUGUUUUGGAGCCUCGCACCCAACUGGCUCGUCUGCUGCGCUUUGCGGGUUUGCCCGCUCUGCAGGCCCUGGAAGACUUUGCCCUCAAUAUGACUCGCGGCUCGGGCUAUAAUGCCGACCGACCCUUCCUCAUUUCGGCCCGGGACGCUCGGGAAGCGGUGCACGCGUGGAGGGAGCGGCUGAGUCAGGAGCAGGUCCGCCAAGUGGAGACCUCCUGUGGUCAGGCUAUGCGCCUGCUGGUCUACCCGCUCAGCGGAGAAGAAGUAGGCGGCGGCGGGGAAAAUGUUGCGGAAGGGAAGCCUCCCGGGGAGAAGCUGCAGAAAGGAAGGGAAGACGCUUCCAAGCAUCGCCCCAGGUAAACUGCAACAUUGAAGUGUACAGUCCAGAAGAAUGAAGAAUCAACUGCCAAUAGGAUUACUUUGCACGGUUUGGGUAUUGAGACUUCACUUGACACUAACUGCUGAACAAUUCUGCAUAGCAGAAAAAAUAGCGAGCAGUUAACACAACGGACACUUCUGCAAAGACUACAUUUCCAAUAAGGAAGUGACAUAGUGCAAUAUGGAUACAGUGGCCCUCCAAUAUGGAGGGCUUUAUUUUCCAGCUGAAUCUGCCAGUGGUGAUCGCUGCCCUUUGAAUGACAUUCCCAGUGAUGAAGAGGAGACUUGUUUUUUUUAAUGAUUUCAGAAUUAAUGAUGUUUAUAUCACAACUUGGACAAAAAUAUUGAUCUGAAAACCAUGGCGAGCGUGGUCUUGCCCUAUGUUCAUUCUGUAACUUAAAGAAAACUUCUUGUUUUAAGGUCUGAAUGGGAUCGUUUUAAAAAAAAAAAAAGCUUCUUUUAACUCUUCUUUACUUUCCAUUCUCUAGGCCUAUCAAGAACUCAUGAAUUAUAAUAAUUUUCACUCUCAAGCUCAUAUUUAUAAGAAUUAGCAAUACUACUAAAUAAUAAGUUCAGAAAGCAGCCAUGAAGACUCUAGGUUGAUGACAUCAGGCAAAAGUGAGUACUGCCCCAUACACACAGCACCAGAUGGAAGCUAAGAAAGGAUUUAAAGAAACCUUGGGAUUCCUGGCUUAAUUGGAGGCAAAGCUAAAAUGCCCCAACCCAAAUCCAUGACACCUGCCUGAGGCUCACCACUCUUAAUUGUACCACUUGUUGGUUGAAGGUGGGUGGCUACAAGACCACAAAUGUGCCAUUGGUGCUUUAGGUUAAAAAGCAGGAGAAGAGAAAUCACAGGCAGAGAGGUCAGGUUUACAGUAUUUCCUUUGACACUAAGGCACAACCAGGCACAUUAAAAAAGGAUUUUUAUUUCUAAUGUUGCCCUGAUUUUUGCACUCUUAAAAAAAAAAAAAAACACAACAAUAACCAACUGCUCCAACCCCCGACAAGCUCUUAAGUAAAACUGAAAGAGUCCAGCUUCAAACUUCAAAGAAUAUAUUUUCCAUCUUUCCUUAUAAGUUAAAGCAGUUGGUAUGUAACCUUUAGCAACAUAUCAUCAAUCCUAGUAACAGAUGAUGCUUUUGGGCUUUUUUUUUUUUUAAGCUUCUAAAGCAAGAAGGAAGAAAGAGAUAAGGGGAAAUAUGGUGGGAAAUCAUUUUGUGGGACUUUGGAGAAGUCAGUCUAAGCAUGAGGAACGGGAAAUGUUCAUUAAACCAUGCAGAAAGGGCUAGACUCUGAGGUGCCUAAUUGCAGGCCUUCCUGCUGAGCUGUGUAGGAGGCCUGAGAGUCAUGUUCUUCAGAACACUGAAGCAAUUGCUCUUGGUACAACAUAAUAUACUGUUAAAGGGUUAUUAAGUUUUGUUGUUGUUGGAGGCUAAAAUUAUCCCAUUUUAUGGUUUAUGAAACUACUUCUUGAAAAAAAAAACUACUUGGUCAUUGUAGGGAAUUAUGGUUCUUGCUAUUUCAUCUGAAAGAGGCUGUAGAUUUUUGGUUACCUCCCCACUGAAUCAUUUCUUAAAUAUGGUGAAAUUUCCAACAAUGUAAAAAUGGGAGUUGGGCUGCAAAACAGGUUCCUUCCCCUUCCUUUAACUUUGUAAGGACAUAUAGCCUCAUUUUGAACAGAACUCCAGUGUCAAAAUUUAAAUUCAGCAGAAAUGAUACAACAAAAUGAAAACAAAUUCCUCUUUUCUUCCAAAGCAUAUAACUGUAGAAGUCAACCCAACAAGCUAUAUAUGUAACAACUGCCACAGAAUAAAACUUGAAUCUUUAAUAUUUUUAAAAUG